UUUCGACACAUUCCAUCCGACGUCUAUGCAGAUACUCCACAGACUCCUGCCCGGAAUCUCGGAGAAAUGGUCCUCGCACGACCCUGAGCAGGAACCGACUGUGGCGCAUUGGUUUCCGAGCGUCAAAAUAUGGGGAACAUGGAAGUUUCUAUGGACCCACGCUCGUGUUCAGAUCGAAUGUGACCUCAUGUCGUUGUAUUGUUGGGGUUUCGCCGGUAGGACCGUGAUGAGGUUGAAUACGAGGCUGCUGUGUAUAUAACCUAUGAUGGUCUUGUCUCUACAGGUCAUCAUUCAACUCAAACACAAUCAAAUAUCAACACUACAUCUACAAACACCCAUUCCUAAAACACUUCACAUCAAAACUCCAACUACAAUCAUGAAGUUCACCACCGCCGCUGUCAUCGCCUCUGCUGCUGGCCUCGCCACUGCUCUCCCUACCGACUCCAAGAUCAAGGACGGCGAUGUUUUCACAAUCCAAACCAUCCGCUCAGGCACCGCCGAUCUACAGUACAACACUAUUCAGGCUGUCCAGAACUCUCUCGUGAUCAACGCAGGCCAACAGAAUGCUUCCUGCGGCCCGGAGCCCCACAACUACGCUUCCUUCCAGCUCAACAACGGCACCCUCUACCUCUACACUGCCAACCCUCCCCAGCAGAUGUUCGUUGACAGAUCAGGCAUGGGUCAGGGCGUCAUUCAGUACACCACUGGCGUACAAGAUAUGGUCAAGAACGGAGAGAGGCGAACCUUUGCCAUCAACGACGACGGUCACCUCGUCUUCAAGGACCAGACUGGUCAGGAGAUUGGCUUCCAGGCCUGCAAGCCUUCUCUUAAUGGCGGCUACUCCGUCUGGCUGGACGGCGUGACCAACCCGGCUGGAGCUGAUGAGUGCCUUGGGUUCGCUGCUCGAGCUAUCAAGGAGGAGAACCCUGUCAAGUGCUCGUACACCACCUACCCGUAAGCGCAGACACUCUAGUUCUGUGGCUGGUGGAUUUGAGAAAUUUUACUUUGGAUAUUCGAGCGACAUUUCUUUCUUGUAAAUACAAUAUGUAAAUAAGACAAUGCUACUUGCCCACGCAAACUUGUUCCAGACGGAUGCGAUAUGAAGUGGUCCUUUUAUAAAAGUGACUUUGACGCGAAGCAAUAGAUCAGAGAGAUGAUAAGGCAAGGAAGGGGAGGAUUUGCGAUGAACAAGCUACUCAGGGCAGGUUAUACCAAAGCUAAGUAAGAGACGAUACAAAGGCGUUGAUAGGGAUCCAUGGAGAUUUACCUAGAUAACAUAUCGACAAAACGUACUGAGCAUGGGUUAUGACGUGGGGCAAAGAAUGAACAG